AUGUCGUCUUUGGUGCUGGACCUGGCGCCGGCCUACAGGGAACAAGGCCGCCACGCGCGCUCACAGAUAGGCGGCCUGUUGUUCUACCUUUACGUGCCCGUCCUGUUUGCGUACCUCUACUACACCAUCCAGCCCGUCUACGUGCCCCUUCCUUCGUGCUGCAUCUGCGCCACGCACUACACAGUCAACGACUCGUGGGUGUUCGAGGCCGAAAACGCCACCUGCUCCAGCGAUCAGUCGUGCGUGGCGUAUGUGCAAAGCAAGCUGGAGGCCGUGUGUUCCAAAGCACUGUCCUACGAGCCUACGAUAGCGCCCGAUCUAUGGGUCUCGGUGCAGAACAUUGGUUGCUGGGGCCACGUGCCAGGGGACUCCUGCUCGUCGGACUGCAUCGACCUCUCCUCGUCGUGGCUUGCCCAAAAGGACUAUACGGGUCCGCUCAAUCGGGCCGAGGCUCGAUACCGAUGCGGCGGCGACUACGCGGGUCUGUGCGACAUCAAGGUGGCCUACCUCGACCAGGACAAGAAGCUGUUCGGACACGGCCUCUGUCAGUACCCCUCGCUCACCACCAUCCUCACGCGUAUCGGUUCUGCCAUGGGUCUCUUCAACGGCAUCCUCAUCACCCUGCGCAGCAACAUCCGCAGUCUGCAUCGCCGCGUUAUGGCCAACGAAGUCAAAGCCCCGAGCGGGGACUGGCUCAGCUUUGCCAAGGGCGCUGGCAUCACCCUCACCUUCAACUACUUCGGCUUCGCCGUUCUCGCUCUGGCCGAGGGCAUUCCGCACAGGAUGCGCUAUGGCUCUCAGAUAGCGGCCAGUCUGUUGCUUCUGUUCAUCUCGUCUCCCCUGGCCGUGUACGUGAUGUACAUUUUGAGGGACCUCUGGGGUCCGAUGCUGCUCAUCCUUUCGAUUCGCGGCGUGGCCAAGCUGAUUAUGCUGCGUACACUCUACACCAUGAUCCGUCUCGACUUGCGACUCUACCAGAAGAAGCGGAUGGAAGAGCGUCAGGACCUCACGCUGCAGGCCUCCCUGUUCAACGUCGGCCCGGAAGAACUGGUCGGUCUCACCGCAACGACUUCGGGCGAGGACGGACUCGCGCAGCCCGCGUCCCCGACCUCCGACCAAUGUGGGAGUCUUCCUCGGGGCGUCUAUCAUAGGAAGCGGAUGGAAGAGCGUCAGGACCUCACGCUGCAGGCCUCCCUGUUCAACGUGGCCCGGAAGAACUGGUCGCCCGCGUCCCCGACCUCCGACCAAUGUGGGAGUCGUAGCCGCCGGGGCAGUCUCGGCCAAGACCACGACUCCUUCCCGCGUCUCCCGCUCCCGCCCUACAAGACGCAGGGCGGGGUCUCGUUCGCGACCCUCAUCGCUCUCAAGGAGAACCACUGGGCCAACUUCUUCGGCGGCAUGAUGACGACGAUCGUGCCCAUCGCGAUUCUUCCCUCCCUGGGCAAGCGCUACUCGGGCAUGAAAGAAGGCGGCUAUGUGGGUACGUGUCUGUUGGCACUGGCUACCGCGUGGUCCAUCCUCUCGGCGCUGGGAAUGUGGGAAAGCGAUCUCUCCCUCGACUUCCCCGUCAACGUCAACGACGCCCUUUCGCAUGCGCAGCUCAUCACGUCGGUCAAGGAAUCGGCCUAUGUUCUGUUCACGAACGUGAUCAUGCUGCUCUUGCUGUACAAGUUCAUCUACUUCCUCCAGUUCCGCCCGGUCACGCGCCUCCUCUCCAAGCGCCAGUUCGGCACCAAGUUCCACUAUCGGUUCGGCCUUAUCCUGUCCCUCCUGCCCACUUUCGUGGUGGCCAUCGGCGUCUUCAUCUUCCUCUACUCGCUGGCCUACUCCGACAUCCCCAAGGACGACGCCUCCUGCGAGGUCUCGCGGUGGAUUCUGGUGGCUCCGUCGGUGUGCCUGGUGCCCGGCAUCCUCCUCUACUUCUGGGCCACCUACGAACGCAUGCGGUGGGGCGCCAUGUCCGCCGUCGGCGUCCAGUUCCUCCUCAUGGGGUUGCUGCUGUGGGUGCUGUCGUUCUACUACUGCUUCUCCAACGUGUACUCGCACAUGCUGGCGUGGGGAUUGGAGUGCGUGGGCAUGACGGCCACUUCGUCUCCUCCUCCUCCUCCUUAUGAAGAUGACGACCACUACGACGCGGCUGCCGUUGACGAUGACGAUGAUGAGGACGACAAGGCCAAGCGCUACUCGCGCCAGACCAUCAACUAG